CUCCCGCACACUCUUCGCACCUUGCUGGCCUGUCAACCUCGGCUUCCGUCGCUUUCGAUCUGUGAGCGAGACAGCCGUCACACAUUUGCUGGGAAGCAUCUCGCGACAAGGCUUCUGCCAAGUCCGGGGCACGUUUCAUGCCGGCAGAUAGACAUUCGGUGGAGCCUACUGGUGCAGGAGGAGGGGAACAUCUUUGGGAUGUUUUCAUGAUCAUUUUCUUGCGGAUAAGUUAACCUGCAGAUUCCGGGAAGCUCAGUUAGACGGAGUAUACAACUCAGACUGAGAAUUGGUUCACGGCCUCGGCUUCUUUUUCGACGCUCAGUCUCUCCACUAUAACUCUCUCUACUCCGGCACACAGCCCAGAGACAGAGGGUCAGAGGACAGCCAUGGUGUACUGCGGGAAGCCCUCCAAGGGCUGCCAGAUGUGCCGGACUCGGCGCAUCAAGUGCGACGAGACCAAGCCGACAUGCAACCAGUGUGCCAAAGCACGCCGCCAGUGCCCGGGCUACAAAGACGAGUUCGACCUGGUCCUGCGCAACGAGAAUUUUGCGGCCAAGCGGCGAGCCCUGAAGCUCACCGCGCCGAGGCGCAAGAAAGCAGACCUUGCUGAACCGUCCUCGGCGUCAACCUCGUCGUCAUCGUCAUCAUCAUCAGCAUCGUCGACGUCGUUGUCAUCCUCAUCAUCCCCACCAACACCGACCGCCUCCCCACCACUCUCAACUACCACCGCCUCCACGACGUCGUCAACUCACCGUCCCCUUUUCUUUACUCGCAAUCAUCAACAACAACAAGACGAUUACAGUCAACGACAACAAAUCCGACUUGCCCUCUCCCCAACCCCAAUCCAUCUACCAGUAGAGGACCUCGCACCCUGCCAUUUCGUCUCCAACUUUGUGCUGCUCCCCCGCCAGGACGGAUCCAGGGGCUGGCUCGAGUAUCUCAUUCCGCUCAUGCAGUCUAUGCAACAGACACAACAACAGUCUCAUCAAAAGGAGAUGAUGACUAUGACAACAACUGGACGAGGUGGGGGCGGAGGAGGUGGAGGGGACAUGGCACAUCUCUUCCAUGCGUUCAAUGCCUGCGCGCUGGCGAGUUGGGGGAAUCGGGUCGGGGGCGCUUCUUUUCCUUCUUCGGGGUCUGGAACUGGGACUGCGUUGGGGUCGGUUUCAUCCGGGCCAGGAGUUGUUAGGGGUGGUGACAUGUCACGGGUUGAGACCGGGAUAGCGGGAGGGGCAGCGAGGAUGGGUGGUGAUGGUGGGAUUUUGGGCAAGGCGUUUGCCGAGUAUAGCAGGGCGUUGAAGGCUACGCAAGCUGCUUUGACAGAUCCGGAGCGGUGGAGGAGUGACGGCGUGCUGGCGGCGGUCUUGUUGCUGGGCAUGUUCGAGAACAUCUCGGCCAAGCAGAUGGGUACCCUGGCCUGGGGGUCGCAUAUCGAAGGCGCGAUACAGCUCGUCAAGGCCCGCGGGCGGAGCCAGCUGAGGACGAGGCUGGGGGUGCAGCUGUUCAUUGCCGUGAGGACACAGCUUAUCAUCCACACCCUCACCACCGGCACCGCUCCAGCCAUGGGCGCAGACUGGUGGAUCCAGGACGCCGUGGUUGAGCCGACGGCCACCGAAUGCCAGCGCCUCAGCCUCAAAGCCGGCGAGCUGCGCGCCGACGUCACCCGAGUCCUGGGCAGCGCCGCCCGCACGCCCGAGAACAUCGAGCUGGUACAGAGCCUCAUGCGGCGGGCACAGGCACUGGACAAGGAGGUCACCGUCUGGAUGUGCUCGGUCCCCGAGGCCUGGCGGUACAGGACGCUGUGCUGGCAGAGCCACAACCUUGCCGUCCCCGGCGACAGCAGCAGCAGCAGCGACUACUCCAAGGCCGAGGUGUUCCCCGGGCGCGUCGACGUAUACAACGACUUCUGGGUGGCGGCCGUGUGGAACUCGGCGCGCACCGCGCGGCUCAUCCUCAUGUCCAUCGCGGUGCGCUGCGCGGCGUGGGUAUGCUCGCCCGUCGACUACCGGACCACGCCCGAGUACGCCACCGCGGCGCGGUUGUGCGUCGACACCAUCGCCGACAUUCUGGCGUCGGUGCCGUACCAUCUGGGCUGGCACACCAAGCGGAGGGAUUUUUUUCGGAACGAGGACGGCACGGCGUUUGCGUGCGGCGAGGAGGACGGGAUGAAGGGGCUGGCCGGGUACUUUUUGACCUGGCCGCUGGCUUGUGUCAUGACGCAGGACUACUCGACCGACGCGCAACGAGCCUAUGUCAGGGGCAGACUCCAUCAUAUCGGCGACGAGCUCGGCAUCAAAUACGCACACAUCAUAGCCCAGCUCCAAGUCCGAGUCCCAUCAAUGCUCAUCCGCUCCGACGGCCUCCUUGCCAAGCCUUAUCCUAUGGCCCACAACUUCGAGAAGCUCCUGUCGUCCCGGUUCGACAGUCCGCUCACGCAAGCGUAUACACUGAAGGAGAGGCAGCUGCCGCAGCAAUGGACCAUGCAACAGGAGCAGUUCCAGCAGGGCGAUGAGUGGGCCGGUGGGCAAUAGUGAGACACGGCCAGGCCUGUGGAUUGUAUAAGUUUUUCUAUUUUGCGAUGGGCUGCUGCUUCGACGAGUUUCGGUAUGGGAUACCCUGAAAUUGCUUGCUGUAUCAGUGUAUAGGAUUUAGGGGGAGGUCACAAACUUCGGCGCUCAGGAGUGAUGGGCGUAUUUUGAGGGGAAUCGAGUAAUUAUGCGGUCGUUUAAAUUCAGACCAACGCAUAUCGG